AAAUUUAACCGUGUUUUCAUAUGAUUAAUCAGAACUCUGAUCCGAACAUAAGUUUCAACAGAAUUUUUUAUCAGACUAUUAGAGGUAAAAUAACUUAAAGAUAAAGCCACACUAAAUAAAAUAUUUAAAGUUGUUUAUACUUAGAAAUACAAACUUCUUACAACAAGUACUGAAAAGACAGUGAGAUUAUAGCAUUGCUUUCAAUAUUAUAAAUAGUACUUGAAUUGGAGUUUGCUAAUAGGUUUUAGAAGUAUAAGAGAAUGCUCUAUUGUUAGAUUGAAAAGGAAGGACGAUUAUGAGUUUAGGAAGAGAUUGAACAUAUUUAGUGUGGAGAUUGUGAUAUAUUUAUAUAUAUAAAUGCUAAUUUACACAAGUUCAAUAUAUCUGUAAUUUUCAAUAAAAAAUACAAUUUUUCUGGUGGAAGUGGGAAUUUAGCAACAAAGUUAAUUAUACUACAUCAUAAUCAAUUCAUUUUCAUUAUUAUUAGCAAUUUUAUUAAUUGGAAUGGAAAUAGUAAAGAAAUAACCUACUUGUUUAAAUCGAAUAGGUGCCUAUAUAUUAUGUUUGUUAAACAUAGAAUAGCUGUAAAAUGAGAUUUCAUCUAUAAAUGCAAUUCAAUCGGUAAUAUUUAUAGUAAUUUUAAUUACAUAAUUUGAAGAUGAAAAGAGAUGGCAUAUAAUAGGGAAACACUCAAUGAUAUUUUAUAUAUUUUUGAGAACACUGUUAUAAUAGUUUGAUUAAUUGUAUGUAACAUAAAUAGUUGCAUUUGUAAUAUAUUAACCUAUUAAUCAUUGGAUGUUGCACUAAAAUAUGUCUAAGGUAGUAAAUCAAUAAAAAAAAUAAUCGCUGGAUUUGAGUAAAUGUUAAUCUGAAUUGGUUCCACAAUAAUGCAAGGAUUGUUCAGAGUAGGAAGAGCAAUGUAGUAGUAAUUAUUAAAGAAGUUCUAAAGUGUCACAUAAUAUAAAAUAGUUGAAAUAGCUUUAGAUAAAUAAUCCAUUUUCUUAAGUUGCAGAUAUUGAUUAAAAAACUAUCUCAUAAUUUUAGAAACAAACAUCGAAUUUAGAUGUUCCUCAAAUUUGGAAUUUGUUGCCUUUUGGUAUUGCAUUAAUCAACAAUAAAUAUGAAAUAUUGACCUACAAUUAAAAAUUAUUAUAUUUUUUAAAACUAUCAGAUAAUGAUGGAAGAAACAUCAUCUUGAAUUUAGAUUUAUUAUUAGAAAGGUAUAUCAAUUAAAAUAAUAAGUCCUGAAUCAUGGGAAAGUAAAUCCGUAAAUUAAGUCAGUUCACAUUGUAGUCAUCGUUAAAGCAGAAGAUUUCAAACUAAAAGAUAAUUGUCCCUAAUAUCUAAAAGCAAUUAAGAAUAGAGUUCAAUUAAUCCAGAUGGAGGAACUCAUUCUCAUAUAAAUGGUAAUUUCGCUUUUAUGGCUAAUACAACUAAUCAGAUUAGAGAUGAAAUUCUUACUACUAAAUCGAGAUAUCGUAAUCUAGAUUAAUUACUUAAGAAAUUCGCAUAGAAUUCUUACUCAUUAACUAAUAAUGGAGAUUGUUCAUUUUAAUCUAUUGGAUAAAAUAUUUAAAUUAUCAAAAAAGUAUAAGAUAUUGGUUCUAAAAAAUAUUAUUUUAAAAUUAAAGUUUAUGAAUUAGACACAAUAGGAAAUAAAAUUAAUUAUUUAUUUGUGAUAGAGAAUAUUACAAAUAAAGAAGAAUUACGUUAAUUAAGUGUAAGAUACAAAUUUUAAUAAGUCUUACUCAAUUCUUUAUGUCAUGAAUUAAGAACACCAAUGAAUAGUACCUUAUCAUAAUUGAAUGCAUUAUCAUCUUUAAUUUCUCCAUAAAUUAGAGAUAAGAAUCUAAUACCAGCCAUAAUCUCAGCAAAAAAGUUAAUGUUUUAAUUAAAUGAUAUAUUAGACUAUGCACAAAUUGAUUGUAAGAAUUUUUAUUUAAUCAAUUCUUAAUUUGAAUUAAGUGAAAUAUUUGAUAUUUUAAAAGAACUAUUUGAAUAGGAAUGUAAAGAGAAAAAUCUACAACUUUUUCUAAAUUUUUAAAAUAUCAAAAAUACUUAAGCAAUAUAUAGUGAUAAAGAAAGAAUUAUAAGAAUCUUAGUUAAUUUAAUUGAUAAUUCAAUCAAAUUUACUAAUGAAGGUGGAUCUAUCAAUGUUACUGUUCAGUAGGAAAAUCAUUAUGUAAACUUUUGUGUUUUCGAUGAUGGAGUAGGUAUUUCUGACAAGAUCUUAGCAACUAUUAAAAGUAAUAAAGAUAUUCAAAUGCAAGAUUAAUUUGAUGUAAAAGAAACAAAACUUGGUUUAGGUUUAAAAAUUUCAUAAUAAAUUGCUAAAUUUUUAUGUGUUGAUAAAGAACUUAAAAUUGAGAGCAAAGAAAAAUUAUUCACUAAAAUUUAAUUUAGGAUAGAAAAUAAUUAUAAAUAUUUAAAACAUUUAAAAUUUCCUUCAUUUUAAGGAUGUAAUUUUAAUAUUAAUUGCGAUUGCAUAUAAAUCUUAAAUGUUGAUGAUGUUAGAUUUAAUCACAGUGCAAUUGAAGCACUCCUUGCUUAAUAAAAAAUAAAGAUGGAAAGUGCUUAUAAUGGAGAAUAGGCCAUUUAAAUGAUUAAAAAAAGAUUAGAACAAAAUUGUUGUAAAACAUAUAAAUUAAUAUUCAUGGAUAUUGAAAUGCCUAUAAUAAAUGGAUAUUAAGCAUCUAAAGAAGUACUUUUAAUUAUAUUCAUUUAGAUAACUAAAAUUUUAGAACAACAUAAUUUAACAGACUAAACUGUUAUUGUAAUGUGUUCAGCCUAUAAUGGAUAUGAAAAUAGUAAUUAAGCUAAGACUUGUGGAAUCAAAGAAGUACUCCCAAAGCCUAUUGAACAAAAAUAACUCAAACAAUUACUUGACAAAUAUUUAUUAUGA